CACAAUUGUAUUUGCAUUCUCCAAUGAAACACCGUCUCUAUCACACUGGCUCAUCAUCGUCGAGAUACAACAUCAUAUACCCAGUUCAGUAAGAUACUAGAUUCCGACCAGUGAUGUUGGUUCGAUGCGAUAUAGAACCUAUGUGCUUUCUCUCUACACGUAAAACAUGUUGUGCGGAAGCGACCCGCCUUUGCAUAUUUAUGACAACAAACUUUUAAUGGUGCAACAAACAACGUUAUUCUUUGUCGUUGGGUAUAUCCUCACUAUUGCGCAAUGCCAAACUUUCAUCAGACGUACAACCAGCGUUUGUCGUGUCGAUUCGGAAUGUCCAACAAAUGCUUAUUGUGAGCACUAUAAUCCGCCAACGACCUUCGGCAUUUGCUCUUGUGUGCAGGGUUAUUUCAUACUCACUAACAAUUAUACUCGGGAGUGUACUAGAUUUGCAAAUGCAAUAGGUGAUUAUUGCCAACUCGACGAUCAGUGCCAGUAUCUGCUUAGCACGGACUCCGAAUGUCGUGAAAACUCGUGCCAAUGUCGUGAGGGAACUCAUUAUGUUGAGCGGGAACGGAGAUGUUACAAAACAAGCUACCUUGGUCAAUACUGUCGACUCACAAACAAUUGCGUUGGUGACUACAUGUACUGCCGCGAUGGUAUUUGUGUUUGUGCAGUGGGGAGACAUCCAAAUGCUGGAAAGAAUUUAUGUUUGCCGGAUGUGUAUCUGGGUGGAAAGUGUUACCGAGAUGAAGAGUGCAUAACGGAUAACUCCAGAUGUAGUGACAUCUGUCGCUGUCGAAUUAGUCAUAUCUUAAAUCGAAAACAAAAUCAGUGUCUUCCAAUUGCCAGUAAACUUUACGAUAUGUGCGAGGAAGACCUUCAGUGCCUAUACAAUAUUCCAUUUAGCCGUUGUCAAAUCACAUCAAGAAACGGAGUGAAUGUAGGAAAUUGCACUUGUGCCAACGGUUUUCACGAGAUCAGUUAUAAAUGCUAUGCAUCCGCAUUUUUGAACGGAAUCUGCGAGAGGGAUGAGAAUUGUGCAACUAACCAGGACAUGACUUGCGUGAAUGGACGAUGCCGCUGUUCGGAUCACAUGAUGGAAAUCAGUGGCCAAUGUUCGACUGCAGUUAGAUCUAUAUGGUACUCAUUCCCAAUAGUAAUAUUAAUCGGAAUAAAAGCCUUACUUGCCUUUGGUGACAAAAAUGUGUAGAUUUAAAAAAAUUCUUCAAGAUUUGUUUAUGAGCUGGAUGAGUUCUAUUCUAUUAAUACUCUUAAUGACCAAAGGAAUAUAAUAGUGAUGUAUGAGAGAGCGUCAUCUCUAAACUAUUAUAGAACUAGAAGUACGAAAUAUACUUUAUUAGAAAAAAAAACAUUUUGUGGCAUGGUUACAUCCAAAUAUAAA